AUGACAACUCUACCGGGCCUAGGUAAGACGGGACAACAAAUUCUAAACGCAAGUGCCACAACUUCAGAAACACAUAGCAAUGGAUGGGAACAACUCCCACCACUGCCAGAAAUUAUUGAUGGCGUGAACCAGUUUACGCGACAUUCCUUUCAACUGUGUUUCAUUCACAAGAAGCAGUUCCUCCAGUGUCUACUCGAUGACCACUCAUCAGUGAGCGCUUUUCUUGUUGUCGGCAUUCUUAGCAUUUCAGCUCGUUUGAGCCCUCCCCUUUCGGCGCGGUAUGGAUCCGGCAUAAAGGCAUCCAGGUUCUUCAUAGAGCGGGCGACAAAUCUUGCACUCGGCGAGAUAUAUCCGACAAAGAAUACACUAGAGAACUGCCAGGCUUUUUUACUUCUUAGCAUCGCACAAGAAGGGAAUGGACUCAGAGAUGAGAGCCAUAUGAGUAUGUGCCUCGCUCUUCAAAUUGCAUCUACACUCAACCUGCAUUUGGAACAGACUUAUGCUUAUGAGACUUCGAACCCUACGCCCGAUACCAUCAUUCUUCGCGAAUCCGCGCGCAGGACUCUGUGGAUGUUACAUAACCAGAAUCAGCUACAAUCACGCCUUUCCUCGCCUGUUUCUCUUGUUGCUUCGGAUAUUACCACUCUUCUUCCUUGUGAUGAAGAUGAUUUUGCGAAUGGGCGAGAACCUCCUUCACGGGCCGCUUUUGAAGGAACUCGGUCCGCUAUCAAGAACCCAGAUUUGGUCAACGAGAAUCGGUCCCUUUUUGAGUCGUUGAUUCAAGCGUAUGGCUUCUGGGGCAUUGUCAAACGGCAUAAAGUCAACCAUCUUUCUAAUUCUUAUCCGUGGGGCCCAGAGAGCGAGUUCGCCAAAGUCCUGAAAAAGCUUGAUUAUUGGGAAAUGAGUUUGCCUCCGGCCCAUAAGUGGAGCGAAGCCAGACUCAGAGAACACAAAACCAAGGGCCAGGAUCUGGCAUACCUCGAGGUGACGAUGAUCCCGCGCCUUUGCAACAUUGUUCUUCGUUGUCUGUACCUAGAGCAUGUUCCGAAUCGAUCGCUAUACCUCCAGAAGCCAGAAUUCUUCAAAGGAAUAGAAGGCGAUCUUUUCAACAAUGUUUGUCGUCUUUACGACCUAGUUCAUGCUCAAUUUAUCGGGCGUUUCACAAAAGAACGUCUUGGUGGGCUAAUGGCUACUCUUUGUGUCUACAUAUGUGGUCAUGCUUCUAUACACAUCUGGCGCUAUUCUAAAGAUGCCAAUACUCAGAAAAAGGGGUAUUUUAUGUUUAGACGGAGCCUGGUUAUCCUAGCGGAACAGAAAGAGGUCUGGCCACUUACUUCUAGUUGGCUCCACACCCUGGAAAACUUUGCUCAACAUUUUUCAAGCUCAUUUGCAAGUGGAAAUGGAAUAGGUGACGGCAAGCAUUCGUUACGUGACCAAACGACUUUUUGUCCUGGUACGGCGCCGAUAUCAUUUGACGAACCACCUGAUUUAUCCUUGCACGACCAAUCUCGACCAGAACAAUACUUGCAGACACAUCAGAUGCCAACUAAUUCCCAGACCCACCAACAGCCGCCAUGGGGUAUGCCACCAGAUCAAACUUUUAACCUGAAUCAAGGCGGGCCGCAGCCCUUCAACAUGGCCGACUGUAGCGUGGUCUUGGGAGGCUUUAACCCGACUCAUGUUGAUCAUUAUCUCCGAACACCGCAAGACAACCGUCUGUUGGUGACCAACAUGUCAAUGGCCAUGGGGAUCCCCAUGGAGUCAGCUCCGGACGACUUUUCAGGUGACAUGACUCAUCCCUCGUACGACGCCCAAAGCUGGUCACUACUAGACAAUGACUUUGGCGGCCAUUAG